GAAGACCAAGACAACGAUUCCGGCUGGCAGCUGAAUCCGUGCCUGAUAAAAUUGGUUUUCCUGGAAAAAUAUUAAGGAGCCUCAGGAAAAAUAUAUAAAUGUAUAAAUCUCAACGAGCGAUAGAGAGAAUCAGUAUUCAGAGAGGGCGAAUUUUUCCACCUAUGCUUCAAUUUUCAACGGAAUUUUGAAUGUUCCAGCCUCCAAAAACCUAACUCAUUCCACUAUUCCCUUUGCAUAACUGAGAAAAAAACUAGUUGGCCGUGGGAGUGAGCCUUCUUUCUGCUGCCUUUAAUGGGUGCUCCGAAGCAGAAAUGGACUAGUGAAGAAGAAGCAGCCCUGAAGGCUGGAGUUGUUAAGCAUGGAGCAGGAAAGUGGCGAACGAUACUUAAGGAUCCUGAAUUCAGCAGUGUACUGUAUCUUCGUUCAAAUGUUGAUCUCAAGGACAAAUGGAGGAAUAUGAGUGUCAUGGCCAAUGGCUGGGGAUCCCGAGAGAAGGCCAGGUUGGCUCUUAAGAGAUUACAUGCUCCUAAAAAGGAUGAGAACACUGUGGCUCAAAGUGUUGCUGUCCAAAGUGAAGACGAAUUGCCAGAAGCUAAGUCUGUUUCUCUUUCCUUGGAUAUCAAGCAGAUAACUGGUCCAAAGCGAUCUAAUGUAAGAAAGGAAGAGGAGGAGGAAGAAGAAGAAGAAGAAAAAGAAGUAGAAAGAAUAGAAAGAGAUGCAAGAUAUGAUUGUCAUAGGUGGGAAAAAAGGUUAGACAAUCUUAUAAUUGAGGCGAUUACUUCCCUCAGGGAGCCUGGUGGUUCUAAUAAGACAAAGAUUACCUCAUAUAUAGAGGAUCAAUACUGGGCACCUCCCGACUUCAAGAGGUUGUUAUCAUCAAAAUUGAAGUUCUUAACAGCUAGUCGUAAACUGGUCAAGGUUAAACGAAAAUAUAGGCUUCCUCCAGCGGGGCCUUCAGAGAGGAGGAGCUCUAUGUUAUUGUUGGACGACCAGCAAAGAGCUUCUACAAGAGCUGACAAGGAUGAAAUGUGUAUUCUUUCGAAAGCUCAGAUCGAUCUCGAAUUAGCCAAGAUGAGGACCAUGACUUCCCAAGAGGCAGCGGCAGCUGCUGCUCGAGCAGUUGCAGAAGCAGAAGUAGCAAUAGCGGAAGCCGAAGAGGCAGCAAGGGAAGCCGAGGCAGCUGAGGCUGAUGCAGAAGCAGCCCAAUCAUUUGCAGAAGCUGCAAUGAAGACACUGAAAGGAAGAAAUCUCCCGAAGAUGAUGAUUCGGGUUUGAUGGAAAGCAAAAACUGAUUUAGAAGAGUUAUGGAGCUGUUCUUAAAUGGAUCAACGUGUUCCACGCUCACUAUCGAUUAGCAUUAUAAGCAACCUCUCCCCCACCAUCUUCAAUUGGUUUUUGGGCAACUCGAGGAACAGGGUCAUAUCUGACUAGAAGAAGAAUAGGAAAAUUCUGUGGGUUUAUAGUUAGUUGUAUGUAAAAAUGUUCAUUGCUUGUAGUGUAGGAAAUAUGUGGGCAUUUUAUCUAUGCUCUCUGAUGUUAAUGAAUUAUUGCCAUUGUUUAUUUCUAUUAGUCUGAAACUUUGGAGUUGUAUUAAUGUAAACAAGGAAAAAAGAUAGAGAAAUAGAUGGGGUUUUGACAAAAAAAAAAAAAAAAAAGACCAAAGUUUCAAGGGGGGUCCCAAUUUCAUUUUAAUUUCACGUUUUGGCAACCACAAA